GGAGGUGUGCUCACCGCUACACACACUGUGAAUCUGACAACAUGUGGGUACAUCAGCUGGUUCUCCUGGUCUCCCUGGCCAUGGUGGUGUGUGGGGGCGUGGUGAGCGAGGCGGGCCUGGUUGGUCGACAGGGGUCAGGCGCCUUGUGUCAGUCCACCGUGACGCUCGACUUCUCCUUCGACCAGCCUCAAGUUAAUUGUGCUCCUUGUGAAGAGACACUGGAGAUGGUGGCAGCUGGCCCAGUGUACACACGUAAUGGUCGUCUGGCUGAGAUGGGCCUCAUGGUGAUGGUCCAACACAACAUGGACGGUAGCAUGACCUGCUCCCUCGUGCACGACGAGCCAGAUGUUCAGCUCCUUCAGUCACAGCUACAGAGGGAGGCUUGUGGUGGAUCAUCACCGUCUACUACUGGGUCCACCGUCACAGGUACCGGGUCCACCGUUACAGGUACCGGAUCCACAGUCACUGGUACUGGGUCCACCGUCACUGGUACUGGGUCCACCGUCACAGGUACCGGUUCCACCGGCACAGGUACCGGAUCCACCGUCACAGGUACUGGGUCCACCGUCAUUGGUACUGGGUCAACCGUCACAGUUACCGGUUCCACCGUCACAAGUACUGGGUCCACAGUCACAGGUACCGGUUCCACCGGCACAGGUACCGGAUCCACCGUCACAGGUACUGGGUCCACCGUCACUGGUACUGGGUCAACCGUCACAGGUACCGGUUCCACUGUCACAGGUACUGGGUCCACAGUCACAGGUACCGGAUCCACCGUCACAGGUACCGGAUCCACCGUCACAGGCACCGGAUUCACCGUUACAGGUACCGGAUCCACCGGCACAGGUACCGGAUCCACCGUCACAGGUACCGGAUCCACCGUCACAAGUACCGGAUCCACCGUCAUAGGUACCGGAUCCACCGGCACAGGUACCGGAUCCACCGUCACAGGUACCGGAUCCACCGUCACAGGUACUGGGUCCACUGUCACUGGUACUGGGUCCACAGUCACUGGUACUGGGUCCACCGUCACUGGUACUGGGUCAACUGUCACAGGUACCGGUUCCACCGUCACAGGUACCGGGUCCACCGUCACAGGUACCGGAUCCACCGUCACAGGUACCGGGUCCACCGUCACAGGUACCGGUUCCACCGUCACAGGUACCGGUUCCACCGUCACAGGUACCGGGUCCACUGUCACAGGUACCGGAUCCACCGUCACAGGUACCGGAUCCACCGUCACAGGUACCGGAUCCACCGUCACAGGUACCGGAUCCACCGUCACAGGUACCGGAUCCACCGUCACAGGUACCGGAUCCACCGUCACAGGUACCGCAUCCACCGUCACAGGCCCCACAGAAGAGACACAAUACCCAGAUGGCACGGAGACCAACCCAGACUGUGCUCAAAACGCUGAAUUAGAGACCACUCUACCAACUACUACCAUCCCCCCUACCAUAACCACCACACCUGAACCAACAACCAGAACAACUCUAGUAUGCCCCGUUGGAUGGGACAGCUUCGAAUCAUCUUGUUAUCAUGUCACCAUGAACACUGAGGGCACCUGGGAAGAAGGAAAGAAAUAUUGUGAAAAUCAUGGUAGUUCCUACGUCAAGAUCUCCAGUCAGUCUGAGAACGACUUUGUUCAAGGCCUACUCAUGGGGAGCACCUGGAUCGGCCUAAACGACAGGUCGAAAGAAGGCACGUUCAUCUGGGACUCUGACAACAGCGUCGCUACCUUCAUGAAUUGGUCAUAUGGGGAGCCCAAUGGCAGCUGGCUCAUCAACGAGGACUGUGUCGAGAUGCGCGAGGACAAGUAUUUUAAAUGGAACGAUGAGGGCUGCAGUUCCAUCUCCCACUUCGCCUGCGAGAAACCAGCUGACCUCAAAGUCAUCACUGGCUAGAUCGCGAUAUCCACCUCACCCACACACCAGGAUGACGUCAAGACUAUGUAUGCAUCAGCAGAUGGCUGGUCCACAAAACAGUAGACGUUAGCUCCACAUACCAGCAAACGUAAUGGUCAAAAGCAGUGACCACCACCACUACCGACCACUCACAAACGUCACUCCAGACGCGAUGGUCAACACAGCUGAGUAAUACUGACCAGCAGUGGCAACACAACAAUACACCGUGGAAGACAGACCUAAAAAAAAUUAAUUCUACGUUUGUUUAAAGUUAUUGAUAUUGUGGGCUUCUGGCACUAAAGCCGACAAAUUUAUCUUGGAGCUUUUGAGUAUAGAAAAAACUUGCUGAUUAAUCUGUUAACUCACAUAUCAUAAACUGGUUAUGUACAGUGAUUUUAAAUUUAGAAGAAGAGUAUUGUAGGUGCUGUAGAGAUAUAAAAAAAUAAUCAUC